CACCCCCUGCUCUCUUAUCUCCGUCGCCUCUCGCUGCUUCUCCCUUCCCGUUCCAUCCAUCCACAGUUCCUGUGGGAACCCAGGGAUCGAUCUUGACGGAGACGUCAAUCACCGAUCAGGACAGCACGACGCCUUAUUCUUCGGUCUCGUCUCGGCCCCGAGCACCGGCAAAUGCGCUUGCUUCCUUCCGUGAGCUGAGCUGUCCCGGGUUGCUAGGUAUCGAGCAAGAAGCUUGCUAAGCCAUGGUGCUCAAGGCGCUGUACCUGUACGCCGCCGUCGUGGUCCUGCUGCUCUGCUCCUCCGCGAACUUCAUCCAGAGCCCGAGCGACGUGUUCGGCCCCGUAGCGCUCCUGGAGCCGACGCCAUCCGCGGCCCGCGACUUCGGCGCCGUGGUAUCCGAGGCGCCCGUCGCGGUCAUGCGGCCCGGGUCCGCCGCCGACGUCGCGCGGCUGCUGGGCGCGCUGUCCUCGGCGCCGGCGGGGCCCGGGCGGCGGCCGAGGGCGUCCGUGGCGGCGCGCGGCGCGGGGCACUCGCUCCACGGUCAGGCGCAGGCGCGCGGCGGCAUUGUGGUGGAGACGCGCGCCCUGCCGCGCGCCGUGGAGGUCGGCGGCGGCGGCGCGUACGCGGACGUGGGCGCCGGCGCGCUGUGGGUGGAGGUGCUGGAGGAGUGCCUGAGGGCCGGGCUCGCGCCGCGGUCGUGGACGGACUACCUGUACCUCACCGUGGGCGGGACGUUGUCCAAUGGCGGCAUCAGCGGGCAGGCGUUCAAGCACGGCCCGCAGAUCAGCAACGUCCUGCAGUUGGAGGUCGUCACAGGCACAGGCGAGGUGGUGACAUGCUCACCCACCCAGAGCCCGGAGCUUUUCUUCGCCGUCCUUGGUGGCCUUGGCCAGUUCGGUAUCAUAACCAGGGCAAGGAUUCCGCUGCAAGUUGCUCCCCCCAAGGUGAGAUGGGUGAGGGCCUUCUACGACAGCUUCGAGACCUUCACCGGGGACCAGGAGCUCCUGGUCUCAAUGCCGGAGCUGGUGGACUACGUGGAGGGGUUCAUGGUCCUGAACGAGCAGUCCCUCCGGAGCUCCUCCGUCGCCUUCCCCGCCGAGGUCAACUUCACCCCGGACUUCGGCUCCGACGGCGUCGGCGGAGGAAAGAAGGUCUACUACUGCAUCGAGUUCGCGGUGCACGACUUCCAGCGGCAAGACUCCGCCGCCGCCGCCGACGGCGACCAUGUUGUGGAGCUGGUCUCCGGGAAGCUGAGCUUUCUGCGGCCCCACGCGUACAGCGUGGAGGUGGCCUACUUCGAUUUCCUCAACAGGGUGAGGAUGGAGGAGGAGAGCCUCAGGAGCCGGGGCCUCUGGGACGUGCCGCACCCCUGGCUCAACGUGUUCGUGCCCAGGCACGGCGCCGCGGCGUUCAAGGACCUGCUCAUGGGUACCGUCACGCGGGGGGAGUUCGAGGGGCCCGUCCUCGUCUACCCCCUCCUCACUGACAGUUGGAUUGCUAAAUCCUCCUCCUCCUGCUGGUGGGAGAGCCGACCGUCCCGCACUGAAGCUUCAUCGCCGCCUCCAUCACUUCCGCCCUCACGCCGCUGGCGUCCUUCCCACCUCCGACCACCGGCGCCACCAUGGAGACCCUUCCCGCAGCCUCUUCACCACUCGUCCCAUGCUCUACUGACCUCGAAUCGGCGGCGAGAACGAAGGCAAGGUGGAGCUAAGGUGCCGGCGGAGCUCCGCCGGCUCAACUUCGGCGCGGCCGAUGCUCGUCGAUUCGGUCGCGAGGGGAGCUCGCGGGGCCAGCGGCUCGUCGAUUUGGCCGUCGGGGGACCUCGCCGCCGUCUUCCCUCACCUCUCCGCCCAUCGCGGCCCCACACAGCGCCGGCCGUCGCGCAACCCCACAUCAAGCCGCCGGCCGCCGUGCUGCUCGUUCGCAUGCCGGCGCGCUCUGCCCUUCGCAAGGCCACGCGUCGAGCCACCGGCCACGGCCUCGCACGGCGUUGCCCGCGCAGCGCCGCCCGCCGCGCCGGCGCACAUCCGUCCCGACCUCUGGCGGCCUCCCUCGCGGAGGCGGAGCUGGGGCCGGCGCCGAUUCGAGUAGACGGCGGCGGAGGAGAAGAGGGCGGUGGCGGGAGGAGCGGAGGGCGGCGACGGGAGGAGCAGGGGGCGGCGGGGGAUCUGUGGAGGAGACGGGAAGGAAGAGGAUAAGAAGAGAAGAAGGUUGAUUUUGCAUAUUACUCCUAAAAAAAUAUUCCACUCUCGGAUUAGUCCCUGGAAGAAUCAUAGGUAUCCAAUUUUAUCAAAGUUGUUGGAGAGAGCGCAAGAGUUAUCUACUAAAAUAAAUUGUAGGUCACCAGUUUUACAAACCUGUUGGAGAUGCUCUUAGCGUAUAGUCAUGUUGGAUUUAGCAAACGCAUCAAUGCCGUGUCCACUGCCGGAUCCUCCGAACGUCUUUUAUGAA